UUCCUUAGGUCAAAAUAACGAAGCCUAUACAGGAAAAAGCUUUUCGCGUUGCAUCGCUGUUACAGUGAAAAAAUUAAAGAAAAAGAGGUUACGAGAAAACCUCGACAUUCGCAUUCAAGAAAUGGCAAUGGCACAGCAUUUGAGACAAGGCCUUCCUAGUCUCCGCCGAGUCCUCACGUCCGAUACUCUAACCGCCGGACAUCGAUCCGCUUCUAUUAAGGCCUUCAUCCCAACUCUUACCAACCAGGAGUUCUCAAGGAACUAUGCGGCUGCAUCUGCUCCGAAAGAGCAGAAAAUUAAGGUUCCCUUAACAAUGUUUGGUGUUUCUGGAAACUAUGCUUCUGCUUUGUACAUUGCGGCAGUUAAAGCCAAUGUAUUGGACAAGGUUGAAUCUGAACUGCUUACCCUUGUUGAGGCUUCAAAGAGAAGUCCUACAUUUUCUCAGUUCAUGAAGGAUUUAUCAGUAACUGCUGACACCAGAAUGAAGGCCAUAAAUGAUAUUUGUGCUCAAGCUAAAUUUGCGGAUAUCACAAAGAAUUUCUUGGCUGUUGUGGCUGAAUCUGGGAGGCUAGGACACAUAGAACGCAUAGCACAGAGAUUUGCAGAACUGACCAUGGCACACAAGGGAGAAAUAAAAGCAAUUGUAACAUCUGUAAUUCCUUUACCUCCAGAAGAGGAGAAAGAACUGAAAGAAACGUUGCAGGAUAUAAUAGGACACGGGAAGAAAGUUAAGGUUGAGCAGAAGAUCGAUACCAGUAUUCUUGGUGGGCUUGUCGUGGAAUUUGGACAGAAAGUUUUUGACAUGUCUAUAAGGACUAGGGCACGGCAGAUGGAGCGAUUCCUUCGGGAACCUGUCAACUUAGACAGCCACUAGUACUCCCUGCUUUUCUGCUUAUUUUUUCUCAAUCAGUUGGCCUAGAAUGCAUUCAAAUAAAAAAUUGCUACUCCAUUCUUGGUUGAGUCAUGCCAAAAACACUGGUAAUCUGAUGACAUCUUUCAUCUGGUAUUUACUGAAUUAUUACAAUCUGUUCCAAGUGAAAUUGAAAUAUCACAUUGUCUACUUUGAUGAGUGGCUUUAAAAUUCACUUUUAAGCAAAUUCCGCAUUUUACA